AGCCACAGCAGCAGUAACCCGGAUCCCCUGAGCCAUGGCGCUGUGAGAGCAGCACAUGGCGGGCGCAGCAGCCAUGAAUCCCCCAGUAAUCCAUACAACUCCCCCCUGAAGAGCCACCGUGUAACUGCAGCCGCCGCCCGCACCCGCUCACCCAUCUACCAACCAACCAGUACGACUUAGUUGAAUAAUAUUAGACCACCAGCACCAUCUCUGCCCAGCACUACCCAUCGCAACUGCUCCUGCCGCCUCCACGCCCGGACCGAAGACGCUCUUCUCAGCCAGCUCCUUCCCUGCGCCGUUGUCGCCACCUAAGUCCCCGCUAACAGCCAGCCUGAUCCCACCGUCGCCAUGGGAGUGCAGGGCUUCCAGGACUACAUCGAGAAACACUGCCCCAGUGCCGUAGUGCCGGUGGAAUUGCAGAAGCUGGCCCGGGGCAGUCUGGUGGGUGGUGGUCGCCAAAGGCCUCCCCAGACCCCGCUGCGACUCCUCAUCGACGCCGACAACUGCCUGCACCGACUCUACGGCGGCUUUUACACGGACUGGGUGAGCGGCGGGCAAUGGAACCACAUGCUGGGCUACUUGGCGGCGCUGGCCAAGGCCUGCUUCAACGGCAACAUCGAGCUCUUCGUCUUCUUCAACGGCGCCCUGGAAAAGGCCCGGCUCCACGAGUGGGUGAAGCGGCAAGGCAACGAGCGCCAGACCGCCCAACAGAUUGUCAGCCACGUCCAAAACAAGGGCACCCCGCCGCCCAAGGUCUGGUUUCUCCCGCCUGUCUGCAUGGCGCACUGCAUCCGCUUGGCCCUCAUCCGCUUCCACAUCAAGGUUGCACAAAGUAUCGAAGAUCAUCAUCAAGAAGUAAUUGGUUUUUGCCGAGAAAAAGGCUUUCAUGGUUUGGUUGCAUAUGAUUCAGAUUAUGCAUUGUGCAACAUCCCUUACUAUUUCAGUGCCCAUGCCCUAAAAUUGAGCCGUAAUGGAAAAAGCCUCACAACAAGCCAAUACCUGAUGCAUGAAGUUGCCAAGCAACUGGACCUGAAUCCAAAUCGAUUUCCUAUUUUUGCUGCUCUUUUAGGUAAUCACAUUCUACCUGAUGAAGAUUUGGCUUCAUUUCAUUGGAGUUUACUUGGUCCAGAACAUCCACUGGCCUCUCUUAAGGUAGAACUUCAAUACAAUUUGUUUCAUUUUGAAAAAAAUAACAGGAUACAAAUAAUCCAUAAUGUGAGGCAUCUUUUAUUAUUUUUGGAUGUUUCCUGAAAAAUAGUCUACUUAAUUAGAAGAAGUGACAAAGACUGAUAGAGUACUAAUGUCGAGAUAACAGAUUAAAACAACAGUUGCUUGCUUUAAGGAUUUUUUGGCACACAUACACUAAAUUCUAAAUCCUGUUUUUUCUCAUUUCAGUUCUCAUUCUCUCAUUCUAGAUAGAAUCAGCAGUAUGUUUAGACCUUUUGAUUUUCACUUUUACUCCCCUUUUAUUUAACAGUCUGAA